AUGAAUUAGUAUGGAUUGAAUGAAAAAUUAUCAGAAGAAUAGAAAAGAAAAUUACAUGAAUUACAUCUUAUUUAAUAAAGGGAAUUAUCUGAAUUAAUUAGAAGACAUUAAGAAGAAUAAUUGAUGAUAUUUGAAUAAUGGAAAAAAGAGGAAUAAGAUUAAAAUAACUAAUCUAAAAAUAUUUCAUUUAAGGAUGACAAAAAUUCUAUGCUUCAUUAUAAACCAUAUACUUUAAGCUAAUAUAAACUAUUGAAAUUAUAACCUAUUUUAAAAAAUCCUGCUUAAGGAUUAGGUCCAACUUUGUCUAUUGAAAAAUGGUAAUAAUAAAAGGAUAAAAUGGAUAGAAUGCUUGAAUUUGCAGAACAUGUAUUAUCUUUAAAUAUUUAAAGGUAAAAGGGGAAUAUAGAAAUUUUAAAUAAAGAAUUCCUAAAAGUGAAUAGAAACAAGUAACUGUUAGAUAAAAAGGUAUAGAAUUUGCUAAAAAUAUCUUGAAACCAAUUGCACCUUCACCUAUGAGAAAAAAAUCAAUAUCAAAAAAUUCAGUUGAGAAUGAUGAAUUAUUAGAGUAUGAAUUAAGAAAUCAAUUAUUAAAAGAAUAGAUAGGCAAAAUGAAAUGA